AUGAGAAAAUACCGCUGGAACAAUUUCAAGGAUUUAAUUUUCAGAAAUCCGGCUGUCGUCCAGCAGGAUCCACAUGUGGAUGAUGGGGAUGAGAAUGCUGAGCGUGGUAACUGGUCCAACAAGAAAGAGUACAUCCUCUCUAUGAUCGGCUACGCUGUUGGUCUGGGAAAUAUCUGGAGAUUUCCAUAUUUGGCCUACAAGAAUGGAGGGGGUGCCUUUCUUAUUCCCUAUUUCUUGAUGUUGGUGGUGGUUGGAAUUCCUCUUUUCUUCUUGGAAAGUGCCUUUGGUCAGUUCUGCAGCCAAGGCCCAAUUAAUGUAUGGAGAGCAGUGCCGUUACUCCAGGGUGUUGGUGUUGCCAUGGUUAUGGUGUCUCUAAUAGUAUCUAUUUAUUACAAUGUCAUCAUCGCCUACAGUCUGUACUACUUGUUCGCCUCCAUGCAGUUUCCUCUGCCGUGGUCGAGCUGCUUGAGCGGGGCUGGCAGUAACUGCAGCAGCACGCCUGAAGUGUCCUGUAAUGUGAGUGAUGUUUUGAUGGCCAACUGGACUCAGGAAAACAGCAACUGCUCUUCCUCCAACACAACAGUUUCGGUGCAGACCCCGAGUGAGAAGUACUGGGAUCAUGUGGCUCUGCAGAGAUCCGGCGGUCUCGACGAAACAGGGCCAAUAGUUUGGCACUUGGCUCUCUGUCUGCUGCUGAGCUCCAUACUUGUUGCUCUAGCGCUCAUCAGAGGCAUCAAAUCAUCAGGCAAAGUUGUGUACUUCACCGCUACAUUCCCUUACGUGGUGAUUGUGAUCCUGCUGAUCAGAGGUGUGACACUAGAGGGAGCCAAAGAUGGAAUAGCAUUCUACAUUGGUUCAGAGUCCAACUUGACUAAACUGACUGAAGCUCAGGUAUGGAAGGACGCAGCAACUCAGACCUUCUACUCUCUCUCUAUUGGUUGGGGUGGACUCAUGGCUCUUGCUUCCUAUAACAACUUUCACAACAAUGUGUUCAAGGACUCAUUUGUUAUCACCCUUACUAAUGCUGGGACCAGUGUGCUUGCAGGCUUUGCCAUAUUUUCAAUUUUGGGACAUAUGGCUCACUUUUAUAAAAUACCAGUUGGAGAAGUGGUAAAGGAAGGGUUUGGUCUGGCCUUCAUUGCGUAUCCAGAUGCUCUGUCUAAGCUCCCCAUCUCCCCACUGUGGUCCAUUUUGUUCUUCGUCAUGCUUUUGACUGUUGGUUUGGACUCCCAGUUUGCAGGAAUAGAGGUCAUAAUAACCUGCCUGCUCGACGCAUUCCCUACAGCCUUCAAAUCCAAACAUGCCUUAUUAACUGUAAUGUUAUGUUCUAUCCUCUACCUCCUGGGCUUACCAUGUGUCACAAGGGCAGGAAUAUACUGGGUAACUCUAAUUGACCAGUUUGUUGCCAGCUGGGUGCUACUAUUUUUGGUGCUUCUGGAAAUCAUUGGUGUCUCCUACAUAUACGGAGGGAACCGUUUCAUUAAAGACAUUGAGAUGAUGCUUGGAAAGAAGACUUGCACUUUCUGGCUGUGGUGGAGAUCAUGUUGGUUCUUCAUCAGCCCCUGCAUCAUAGUGGUAAUCUUGGGCUGGUCUCUGGUAACCUUUUCCCCCCCUACCUAUGGACAAAUCCAGUAUCCAGUCUGGGGCUUGAAUCUAGGCUGGUGCAUGGUUGCAUUUGUCCUUAUGUGGAUCCCUGUUGUUGCUGUGUAUAAGCUGAUAAAAGCAAAAGGAAACACCUGGAAGCGUCUGAAGUCACUGUGCUCUCCAUCUGAAGAAUGGCAUCCCUACCUGGAUGUCCAUCGAGGGGAGCGCUACUCAGAAACACGCAGCCUCCCUAAGAAGAAGAACUCCAAAAACAAACCAGAGGAUAAUGUAAAUGUAAUUGCCAGCUCAUGGCUAUAAUGUGUCUUUCUC